AUGGACCAAACUGUUCUCAAAGUUCUAGUGAGCUUACUCUGGAAUUACUGGAUUUUAAUGGACUCUGCUAAGGGAAGCAUAGGAGAUAAUCACGUCCACUCCAGUUUUAUUUAUAGGAGGCUUCGAAACCAUGAAAGGAAAGAGAUCCAGAGAGAGAUUCUCUCUAUCCUGGGCUUACCUCACAGGCCCAGACCCUUCUCACCUGGAAAACAAGCUUCCUCUGCCCCUCUCUUCAUGCUGGACCUCUACAAUGCUAUGACCAAUGAAGAUGAGACUGAAGAACUGGAGUAUUCGCUAAGGGGACCUCUGGGAGGCGAGAGCAGAGGGUUAAGGAAGGGAUACCCUGCAUCUCCAAAUGGAUUCUCUCGAAGAAUACAGUUAUCACGUACAGCUCCAUUGACUACACAGAGCCCUCCGUUAGCUAGCCUGCAUGAUGCCAACUUUCUGAAUGAUGCAGACAUGGUCAUGAGCUUUGUCAAUUUAGUUGAAAGAGACAAGGACUUUUCCCACCAAAGACGGCAUUACAAAGAAUUUCGGUUUGACCUGACACAGAUCCCUUAUGGAGAAGCAGUGACUGCAGCUGAAUUUCGGAUUUACAAGGAUCAAAGUUAUAGUCGAUUUGAGAAUGAAACUAUUAAGAUCAGCAUUUAUCAGAUCAUAAAGGAGUACCCAAACAGGGAUGCAGACUUGUUCCUAUUAGAUACAAGAAAGACUCAAGCAUUUGAUGUUGGCUGGCUUGUAUUUGACAUCACCGUGACCAGCAAUCACUGGGUGAUUAAUCCACAGAAUAAUUUAGGACUGCAGCUCUGUGCAGAAAUAGCAGAUGGUCGCAGUAUCAAUGUAAAGUCAGCUGGUCUUAUAGGGAGGCACGGGCCGCAGUCAAAACAGCCAUUCAUGGUUGCAUUCUUCAAAGCCAGCGAAGUUCUUUUUCGAUCUGUCCGAGCUGCCAGCAACAAAAAGAAAAACCAGAACCGCAACAAAUCCAGCAGUCCUCAAGAUUCCUCAAGAAUGUCAAGUGUUGGGGAUUAUAACACAAGUGAACAGAAACAGGCCUGUAAAAAACAUGAACUCUACGUGAGCUUCCGAGACCUGGGGUGGGAGGAUUGGAUUAUAGCUCCAGAGGGCUAUGCAGCAUUUUAUUGUGAUGGAGAAUGUUCAUUUCCUCUCAAUGCCCACAUGAAUGCUACAAACCAUGCAAUAGUGCAGACUCUGGUCCAUUUAAUGUUUCCUGAUCAUGUUCCUAAGCCUUGUUGUGCCCCUACAAAACUGAAUGCCAUCUCUGUACUCUACUUCGACGACAGUUCAAAUGUCAUUUUGAAAAAGUACAGAAACAUGGUGGUGCGAUCGUGUGGUUGCCACUAGAAUCAGUUUGUAAAACAAAAGAUAUCAAAGGCCAGAGAUUUUCUGAGCCA